GUGCUAAGCGUCUCUCAAGACGGUCUUUUCUCUGAUUCCUUCCUCCGCGUGUGUGUGUGUGUGUCUCAAGUGCAAGAAGGCAGAGGUGGGCGAAAGUGCGGCAUGAUUUACCAGAGCGGCGGAAAUCGCGAGCUGAGUUUAGUGGAGCAGAAGAAGCGCCAGUGGCAGAAGGAGCGUGAAGAGAUGGCAAAGCUCGGCGACUUUCCCAUAAAGAUUGAAUCGCUAUCGAGUACGAAGUAUGAGAAGACCAGUAUUCGAACCUUCUAUGCCAGCAAUAUGGAUGUUGGGGAUAAGUAUCGUGGAAGCUACAGGAAGAUUCCCUCACAUCAUGGCUCCUUCUACGACGAGGACAAUCGCAGAUUGCGGAGCCCGAGUCUGCCGCCCAUCGGCAGGCAGAAGUUCAGUCAUCAGGGCAGCGUCGUGCGCCAGAGCACCACGGAGGACGACACUGGAUACACCAGUGGAUCGCCUCAGCACUCGGACAGCAGCGGAGGAGCGGAUGUGUGGACGAACACUGAACCGCAGGCGGCUAAGCAUCGUCCGGAGGAGGCUGCUGAGGACAGCUUCUCAGAGACCACCACGAACAAGAGCAAUCCGCAGCGCGAGAGUCAAGGACACAAAAUGUCCCCAGACAGUCUGGAUCUGGAGCACGAGACGGAGUUCUCAAAGUCGCUGAGCACUCCGUCAUCCUCGUCUUCGGGUGGGCAAUCGUUCGCUUCCUUUCAGCCGCCAGACUUUGCGGGGUAUCACAAAGUAAAGGAGGAGCGCGCCAAGUGGGGCGAUCGAGGAGUGACUGUGGGGCACUUGUAUGACCCCAUUGCACGCGUGGAGAUGGAGAAGUCGGCCAGGAGUGUGCCGGUGUGGCUGGAGAAGGGCCUUCAUGAGAUGCGCGACAGCGAGGAUGAGUCUGUGAGGUCAUUCAUCCGUGGCCAGAACACUCCUAUUGAUCCACAGGUGUUGGAGGAGCGCGCCAAUCGUCGGCGGAAGGCGAUGGAAUUGCAGGAUGCCAUCAAGGAACAGCUGAAGGAGCGCGAGAGACAGAAGAAGUGGGAGAAGGAGAGGCGACUCCGCGAAGAGCGGCUAGAGGAGGAGCGUCUGAUGCACCAGAUGGAGAUGGAGAGGGCGCGCUUCGAGUAUGAGCAGAGGCUGCAGCAGGAGAAGCUGGAGAAGGAGCGCAAGAAGCAUGAUAUGAUGCGCCGGGCACUUGUGAAGGCGGAAAUGGAUGCGAAGAUAGAGAAAGACCGACGGAAGCACAAGGUGUUCCACAAGGAGGCUUCGCCACCUCCUGCAAGGGAGAGGGAGGAAGCUCCGAAGGAGACAGAGAAGUGCGAGGAGGUGAAACAGGAGGAUAAGCUGGAGGUUCCGGAGGAGAAGAUGUUGAUUGGCACGCCAAUAAAGCUGAAGAAGCAGGUGGUGUCGCAGGAAGAGGAGAAGGAGGCUGAGGAUGCUCCACCGGAGAAACCUGUGGUGGUCAUUGACAAGAGUCGUCCAACGGAUAUUGAUGGUAUUGCUUUGGUGCUCCAAACCAUGACACCAGUCGUGCCGUUGCCCAUUGCCAGUGACUUUCUCAACGCCACGGUGAAUAAUCUUCAGCUAGCACUCCUGCUGGCAGCGCAGCAGCGUCCCGGAGGUGUUGUCCAGGAAGCACAAGUAGCUGCGGAGCCCGAGAAGAUCUCCAUGCGAGAGAGUCACAACAGAGAGUGCAGCUAUUGCUGCAAAAUUCAUGGAAUUGCCUCUAGUCCAUCUCCACCCAAGGAGGAAGUCAUCCAAACUGAGGAACCAGUUGAGGAAGUUCCACCAAAACUGCCCAAUGAAGCCACUUUCAUCAAAGAGGAUCUUCCAUGUAAUGAGAUGAAGGUUGACGUGGCCACGAGUACAACACUCGACUCCUCUGAGGCGGACAAGACGCUCACGCCCAGGAAGUACAGGCGAGACUCUUCUUCGUCGGUGGAUGUGGGUGUGCAGACGGAGAUUACAUCCAGAAUGUGCAAUCUUUGCUGCCAUCACAAGCUCUAUCUCCAGGAGAUCUCCACAGUGACCACGUCGGUGACUUCGACGUCCAAGAACAAAGUGCUGGGAGAGAGGAAGAUUGUCCCGGAAGAGGAGAAGAAUGUGGAGAAUGAGACCAUCACCACAACGACUACCACAAAGACGAUGAUCCGCUCGAAACCAGGAAAGGGAAAGAAGGCGGAACCGCGACCCAAGUGGGGCGUCAAUCGGCCCCUGAUGCAGUACAUCAAGGCCAGCGAGAGGGAUCCGUUCUGUCUGCGACAGCGUCGCAAAAAGUACCAACAGAGGAGCUUCGUGAAGGAGGAAGAGGAAGAGGAGGAUGACAGCUCAAAGAGCUCCUCGAAGCACAGGAAUGUCUGCACGGAGAUUCUCCCCAUUAAGACAGAUUCCAAUGGAAGGAUUUUCCUGAACUUCCACGAGGCGAGUGUGAUGAUGAAGGAGGAUCCAGUGGUGCAGGGCGCUGUGCAGGCCAGACAGCGCAUCAUGGGUAAGCGUGGGGAGGAACAGGAGAGGAUCUUCUCGAAGGACAACAAGAACUUUUCCAAUCUGGCCAUCGUGAAGGCCUCCAGCGCCAGGCGGCAGAGUAGUUGCGAAGAUGUGGACACUGAGGAGUGCACAUCAGAGAUUUCUAGGGAUUAGAGAGCACAUUCAUAGACUGCACAAGAUCAGGAAUGCACAACUUCACCAUGUUCUUGGGAAACUGAAUA